UCUGUUUUUUAAUUUUUUGAUUUUUGUAGGAAUAGGUACUGAAACCGAAUUGGUAAAAGACAAACGCUAAUUCAUUAAAAUUCUAGCCUCCUUGGCACUCAGCAAUAGACUAGUCCAUAGUCUAAUAGCUAGUCGUAUAUAUUCUGAUCUGGAGAAACUAGGAUCAAAGUCUUUUUGGAUCAGUUUUGUACGUUGUCGAAUUAAGACUUAAAAAGUACAAAUCUCGCACAGCUAUUGUCGUGCACAUCCAAUUUUAUUUUGUGCCAGUUAGGGUGCAUGUAGGUAAGCAAGUCGGGGCGCAGUCUAUUUUCGCCACCCGUAUGAAUAUGAUCAAACUGGAUGCACUGCACUUAACUAGAGUGUGCUUGUAUAGUCUUCCUUUUGGAAAUGACUGGAGCCACUAAAAUUAAAGCCCGACCAGGAAUAUAUGAUCAUUGUCAAGAGAGCGCUGUUAUUCUCAUGUAUAGGGUGACAGUUCAGUUUAGUAAGAAAAAUUUAGUUCCAAUGAAAUUCCGCAAUAUGGCGCGUGAUCAUAUAUUACUGGUGAGGCUUUACUAGGCCGUACUCUUAGUAAAGUCGCGUGUGCCACAUCCACAUGCACCGUGUGCAAUAACAACAUCGUUUGUGCGUAUUAUAGCCAUUUCAUGUAUGUGUUGUGUUGCGUAGUCUGUGGUAAAAUUUGACAGCUGACAUUGCUGACAGCUAUUCUGCGGACGGAACGCAGCGAGGUUUGUGCUGAACAAAUUUUCUUUGUUUAUGUACGACGUAAUCGUUCUAUACAAAAAAAACGUGAGUGAGUCACCGUAACAACACAAUUGAACAAAACAGAUUCUGUAGGGAAAUGAACGGACCUAGUUCUAAUUAAAUUGAUUACAAGUAAUUGUAAUCAGUGUCCAUCUUAGGUUUUCAAAACGAGAAAUUGGUGUUAAUUUAAACACCCAAAUGAUAAGUGGAGCACGGAAUGGUCAUAUAAAUUAAUGAUGUCGUUGGAUAUGGAAGAAAGUCCCAUAAUUAAUUCGGACAUUGACGAAAAUGUGACCAGCAGCAGCCGAAACCUGAUUGUGGAAGAUCGAGAAGAAACAACAGGAUGGAUCAAAAGCCGCACAGUUCUCGGCAUCAUGGGCUUCCUGGGGUUUGCCAAUGUGUAUGCCAUGCGAGUCAACCUCUCGGUGGCUAUAGUGGCAAUGAUAAACUCCACAGCCCCAGUGCCAUCAACAAACGACUCCACGUUAGAUGUAUGCCCGGCUGGAAUACCAGAUAAUAGCACAGUAGUACCAAAAACCGGUGAUUUUAAUUGGUCUGCUGAACAACAGAGUAUAAUUUUAGGCUCUUUCUUCUAUGGAUAUGUGCUAACACAGGUCCCUGGAGGUCGUAUAGCUGAGCUAUUCGGCGGUAAACUAGUAUACGGUGUCGGCGUCCUAUUGACAGCCCUAUUCACCAUCCUUAGCCCAAUCGCCGCUUAUACAGACUUCAAAUUCUUCAUAGCCGUAAGAGCAUUGGAGGGGUUGGGCGAAGGCGUGACCUAUCCAGCUAUGCACGCUAUGCUCGCUCGGUGGAUCCCACCUUUGGAGAGAUCGAAGUUUGCUGCUUAUGUUUAUGCAGGCUCGAACUUCGGCACAGUGAUCUCACUACCCAUAUCUGGGUGGCUAUGCACCCUUGACUGGGGUGGCGGCUGGCCGCUCUGCUUCUACCUAUUUGGGGGUCUUGGAGUGGUCUGGUUCAUCGGAUGGAUGUUCCUAGUCUAUGAUUCACCACAGAGCCAUCCGAGGAUAUGUCCGAAGGAGAUUGAGUAUAUUACGCAGAGUAUAGGGCCGCAGGAGGAUAAAAGAGGUAUGGCCAUACCCUGGAUGAAAUUCCUAACAUGUGUUCCGCUAUGGGCCAUACUAAUAGCACAAUGCGGCCAAUCCUGGCUGUUCUACACGCAGCUGACCGAGCUGCCGAGCUACAUGAACAAUAUAUUGCACUUCGACAUUGUUUCAAAUGCCAGACUGUCAGCGAUCCCGUACUUCACGUCGUGGGUGGCCGGUAUCAUCAUCAGUAUCUUCGCUGAUUGGUUGUUGGCGAAGGGAUUCAUCUCGCGGCUCAACAGCAUGAAGCUUUGGAACACAGUUGCGGCCUUCAUCCCUGCGUUCGGGCUGUUGGGCAUCGCGUGGGCGGGCUGCGACCGCACCGCUGUAAUGCUGUUGCUCAGUAUCACCUCCGCCUUCGGAGGCGCAGUCUACGCCGGUAACCAAAUGAACCACAUCGACCUGUCGCCGCAGUUCGCGGGAACGAUGUACGGUAUCACCAACGCCGCCAGCAACCUCUGCGGUUUCCUGGCGCCGUAUGCCAUAGGCCGCAUCAUCAGUAGCGAGCAGCAAACGUUGGGCCAAUGGCGUGAAGUGUUCUACUUGGCUGCGGCCAUCGACCUCGGGGCCAAUCUCUUCUACUUGUUUUUCGCUAGCACUGAGGAACAGGACUGGUCACUUCCAGAAAGUGACGACAUGACCGCCUCAGCGCCAGUUGAGAGCAUCAUGUACCCCGAGUCCUAGGGCUUCGCCUCGUUCCAUGCCGGUGACGCUCAGGUGACACUCUGUGCAUACACUUAGUAGUCAAACACACGAGUUAACCCAUGCAACGCUAUGGACUCCUGAAGUUGCCACAAUUUUUGCCCAAUAAAGUUGAGUAAAAUUUAACAAAUAUACCUAGCGCUCUUGGGUUAUUGGAAAGAAGCAAUUGACAGAUCAGAUACCAGAAGAUAAAGUGCUGGAAUGUCAGAUCUCGAAAAAACAAUGGGUUUUGUGGUGACCUGUUUUCAUAACAGCAAAGAUUAAUUGAUUGUAUGUGUAAAAUAUAAGAAAAAAUCUUGAAAGGAAAAAAAGAUGGCGUUGUACGGUGCCAAUUAUCAAACGUCACUUUUGACAAGCCGAGAUACCGCAUAGGUAAUAUACGAAGCUGUACAGCGCUAGCCACAUUAGCUGCCGAAUUCGACUUUGUCGUAGACUUACACAUCUAAUUAAAAUCAAUGAAUCUUUGAUAAUGACGGAUGUCGAAAAAAAACAGAAUUAAUUUAUGUCAAAAAAGCGCCCUCUGUAAAGGACACUAAGCAAGAAUAAUUUCGAACCUGGACACCCUGUUUUCUAACUCAAUCGCACCCGCGUCUGUCGUAAUCAUGUGUCUCCUAUGUGCCGUCGGUCAAUGCCACUGUGCGAGUGGGACAGCAAUAUAAUUAUGUCCGUGCGAUAGAAAUAGCAAAUGGCAUGUCAAUGUAGGAAAAUCUUCGUGCUUAGCAUCCUUACUUUAGUGAACAUUUACCUUUGUUUCUUUGCUCUCUUGUGGUAAAGUUUGCUGGCGUGUGACUCACAUGGUCUGUGACGGUAGAAGGGUUAACUUGUCUGGUUUCAUUACCAUCCACAUCCACACUAUUAACUGACAAUUCGUAAACCUUAUUCCAAAGACACAAGGUCGUUAAAUGGUCAAUUAGGAGUGUUAGUCUUAGUACAGUCGCCAUCAGAUAUAUCGGAGCGGCCAAGGUGGUCAAAAAUAUCUAAACGCGCUCUCUAGUGAUAUAUCUGAUGGCGCCUGUAGUCAUUGGGGAUGAAGAUGGAUGGAAUGGAAUUGAACUUGUAUGGUAUUUUACAAAUAUAAGUUGUUAGUCAAAGGUUAACUGCUUUACCACGCAUAAUAACAGUAUGUUACAUUGGAAAACUAGUACGAAUAUGUAUAUUAUUGCCAGACCCUGUUAUCAGUGGUGAAGAAACAUUGAAAAUACUAGGGCUGGCACUACACAUUAAUACACGUGUAUAAUUUGAUAUACCUAAUAUUUGAUGUAAACAAUAUACCUACUUAUUUCAUUCAUCUUACUAAUAUUAUAUAAAGAGGAAAGAUUUGUUUGUUUGUUUGCAUUGAAUAGGCUCCGAAACUACUGGACCGAUUUGAAAAAUUCUUUCACCGUUGGAAAGCUACACUAUCCCCGGUGAACAUAGGCUAUAUUAUAUUUAAAAAAUAAAUGUUGAAUACCCGUGCGGAGGCGGGGCGGGCCGCUAGUAGGUAUAUAUAAUGUAAAGCCAAUUGCCUUAAAAAAGGUUUCAUUCGGUUGUUGAACUCUAUAAUAAUACUUAGGUACUAAAUUGACAUUUAUUUGUCAAAAUAUGUCUGAUGUCAUAUACUUAUUUUUAUGUUCGGUAAAAAUAUGAACUUCCUGGAUAAUCGUGCUGAAUUCUCUCAGUUUAAAAUGGAGCUAAGUGCAAAACUUGAAAUAAACCGAAUGCGACGCGGAAAAAAUGGUUUGUAAUUUUAGUAAAACUGUGCUGUAGACGAUAUUUUUUUUCCAAUAGUUAUUGAUAAUUUUUUUGUGAUACAUUUUUUUUUAUCCUACAGAUGUAACUAUGAGUGAACUAUAAUAUGUAAAACUGGGAAUCAUAAAUCUUGAAACUCAUUUUUUACCUAUUUCCUGUAUAUUACACAUGUGUAUUUUUACAUUUCGUGACAUAGAUACAGAUUCGGUGACUGUGCAAUAAUAAACCAAAAAUAAUGCGUUUCAUCUUAAAUUGUUUUAAGCGACAUUUAUACCAGUAUGUCAAAUGUACACGAAUUAAAUGAAUAUUGUGUGACAACCCUAUGAUUCUAUUUCAAUGAAUUUUCACCACUGAUAACGGGGUCUGAUUAUUGAACUACAACAAGGUAUAAAAUUAAAUAACUUUUCUAAUCUAACAUACUGUAGUAAUGCAUUGUGGGGUGCUGUAGUGCUAAUUAUAAGAAUUGGGCUAUAAACAAGGUUAUCAGUCAGCGGCAGAAGUAGGUAAGCUGGCGAGGUGUUCAAAAUUAUAUGAGCACAGCCUUAACGUAUGCGGAUUAAAAUUUUAACAAAGUUUUGUGUAUGUAAUAUGGAUACUGAGAUCAUAGAUAAAGAUAGUUCAUUUUUCAAGUAGGCAUAUUACAAUGCACUUAUGAACGUGAAAUAAAGCUACGCCGGCUCUAACCCUACACCUCUGACCCGAGAAGAUUUAAAUCUCUCCUAAAUUGUAGGACGGUAUCCCAAUUUCAAAACAUUACAUCUUAUAAUUACAUAACAUGCAUUAAAUAGUUUUUUGCACGGAACAUUAAAAAUACAAUUUAAAUUAAUAUGGAAUUUAAAACAGUCAUAAAAAAAAACUGUUAUAAUAAAUUGAUGUACUAGAUUGCUAAUGCAGGGCGUUAUCAUUGCCAAACAUCCCUGCUGUAAUGAGUUUUUGCUUAACAGUUUUAAAUUUAGAAUCUGCAAGCUCGUUGACAUUUUUUGUCAUACAUUUUUUUGUUAACUGCUAAUUUAACGUCUUAAUCGGACAAAUAAUCCGGUAAGUUUUGAAAUUAUGGUGAAUAGAGAAGAAUAAAGUCGCGAAACUGUUUUAAAUUUAUAUAGUACCAUCGCCCAUGUUACAUGACCUUAUUACAAAAGGCAUAAGGUCCACCGAUGGACAGCCAAGACUGUUGCUGUUUGCACAGUUGUGUACUACUGUUGAAACAAAAGAUAGUGGAACAUUUUGUAAAAAAGCUGAAGCUCUGUUUAUAAUAUUUCUGCGUUCUUUUUCUUUGCAAAAACUACUGCUAGAAAGCCUGGUCCUAGGAAACAUUCCAGCUUUAGCCAGUAUUCUGAGAGACCUUUUUCGAUAGCGAUGAAUAAAGUACCACAAAACUGCCGCUAUCUCGCAAUGGAUUCCUUCACUUUAUCUUGCAUUUAACAACGUUGUUAUACAUUAUUAAAAACAUGAAUACUUAUAAAAAUAACCAUGUUUUUUUUAAUACACAGAGAUCUGCAUAUAUCUUAUUAUUCAACAUUUUAUUUUGAACUUUUAUCGAAUAACAGAAGGUAACAAAGUGAAAAAUAAAACGAACACUAUUAUAACUUUAAAAGGUUACUACUUCUGCUGCUGAUUGUACCAUCGCCGACACAGUUGACCAUUUUAGAAUCUUAUUGAUUGGAAAUAAGGUCUAACACUGGUGCUGUUAGUAGGCACAGUCACGUCUGAAAAUAUCGAUACUGACAAAGUGCCAAAAAUAUGUAUACCCUUAAUAUAUGGUCAAUAAUGUCGUGUGUACAUAUUUUUGGCACUUUUUUCAUAUCGAUAUUCUUAGACGUGACUGUACAUUGUCAAAGUAACACACAUGUUUAUAAUUGUAAUAAAAUAAAUAACUAUUCACUCUCAAGACAAGUAUAAGUAUCAAGUGACAGCUUAUGUAAUAUAAAUGCUUAUGAAUUUAUUUUAGCCACUUUUAGUGCAUAAAGUGGUUUAGUGAAAUUUAGUAAUAUUUGAAAAUAAUACUGAUACCAAAUUUUAUAUAAGUAUCAUUAUGUUAUUAUGAAAUUAGUUAUGUCAGAGACGCAAGUCAACCAGUAUUAAAAAAUAUUGCAUUGAAACAAAAAAACAAAGUGUAACAUUGUGCGCAUUGUACAUUUGAAAUCCUUGAUCCUUUAAUUUAAAUAACUUUGAAAGUAACAGUUAGAUAUGAUAUGAUAGAGAUAAAAAUAUAUAAUUUUAAUCAGUGCAGCUUGUGGUGUUCAAAUAUCAAAUAUUACCUAUUCAAUGUUUUUCGUGUCACCGAUGUUUAGAUUUUAACAUCUGAGUUCUUGUCAUAUACAAUGAUUGGCUUCUCACGAAAGUACAAGUAUUUGUCAAAAAAUGCAUUGUCGAUAGAAGCUGUAACACUGUUUUCUUCAGACAGCCCUAUCAGGACAAUUCUAACAAGCACAAACUCCAUGAGGUUGCAGUGUUUUUAUUACAGAGUCCUUUUGACCAACUUUAGUGUCGCAUCUUCAGAAUAAUGUCGCAUUGUAUCUGAAUUUUUGCUUCCAAAUUGUUCCUCAAUUGUUUUGAGCAAUGGGUUAAAUGUAACCUGUUGAUUUGAUAACAGACAGACAGAUGAAAGCUAAUAAAUGCUUGUAUAAAAAGAAAUCUUGUUCAGAUAAAUCUUUUUUGAAUUCCCAUUCAUUAAAUUACGGGCCUUUCGCGCGUAAACAGCGUUUUUAAACGCUCCGUCUUAAUUAUUAAUGCUAACAGUUAAAAGUGGGAUUUGUGAGUUGAAAGUUAUACUCAAGUGUUCGCAAUAAAACAGGGAUUACGCUUUAGUGCAAGUGAAUUUGAUAAAAAGUACUUAUAAACUAUUAAUCACAAAAAAACCAAUGGAUUCUAACAUAUUGCAAAUUCGUCUGCCUGCCACAAGAAAACGCGUAAGCGGCUUCAAAAAUUGCCGAACUUAGGCCCUUCUGGUCGCGGAGACACGCGAGAACUCCCUGCUAAAACUGUGCACGAUUUCCGGGAAUCGUCGUAGCCCGGAACGUGAACUCUAGUGACCUUUGCUUUCUUUUGGUAAAUUCAGUUUUAAAAGUUAGCAAUUCUCUUAAACUAUUAAAAUCUGCUAAGUUUUCUCAAAUUAAAAUAGCAAAAUGAGUCCACCUGCAAAGUGCGGUAAAUGUGAAGAAAGAAUUUCCAGCAGGAAAUCACUGGACUGCUCUUCAUGUCAUAUUCGAUAUUGUGUGGACUGCCUAGAAGUCAUCGGAGUAUCAUAUAAACGGUACACACUAAUGACUAUUAAUAAUAAAACAAGCUGGAAGUGCCGUGAAUGCUGCCAAAAGUCUGCAUCUAACAAAAAAGUGAAGAAAACGAGCACUCCUUUAUCAAAACCAAGCACGUCUAAAGCAAAUGAGACCCUAAAAGGUAACUUAGACAUCACCGAAAAGAAAAACCAACAGGACCUCCCUCGGGGAAACUUGAUGACAUUUGAUUCAACGGCAGAGAGUACAACACUCAAUGAGCAAGGAGAUACGCUAACAUCACCGGACAUAACAAUUACACCUAAUAGGCCAAAACUAACUACACAAGCUAGUACUACUAUUUCUCAUAAUAAAGAUGAUGUAAUGCCACAAGCUAACCCGACUUUCCCACAGAACAGACUGACAUGUCCAUUAACCGUGGAUGAUUUUACAAAAAUACUAGACGAACGACUGAACAAUCACAGAACCUCAAUAAUAUCACAAAUAAAGACAACUAUCCAAAGUGAAAUUAAUGCAGCAAUAGAGAAAUUAAAAAGAGAAAUGGUUCAGCGUACCGAUGAUUUAGACCAAGAACAAACAAUAAUAAAAAAAGACAUAAAUUUGCUUACACAGAAAAUAAAAACAUUAGAAGUAGAGAAUAACAAACUACACGAUGAAAUAAAAAAUAUAGAAAAGUCAAUUAAAACUGAUAAACAUUCUAACGAUACCGACCGUUACGCUUGCAAAAAAAUAGUUAUCCACGGACUCGAAGAACAAUGGGGCGAAACCGGCGAGCAAAUGGAAGAACGGUUAAGAAACAUAUUUAACGAGCUUAUAAAUAUCGAUAUUGUUGGACACAUCGAGGACUUAUACCGUCUUGGUAAGAGAGGAAAUCGACGGCCACUGGUCAUAGAGUUUUUGAGCAAAAAAAUGACUAGGUAUAUACUACAACAUAGGAACUAUUUUAGGUAUUCUGGGCUGACAGUAACUGAAUACUUGGAUGACGCAUCCCUUAAAAUGAGACGAAAACUAAUUGAAACUCUGAGAGAAGCUAGAAAAUCUGGAAAACAUGCAGUUAUAAUAGACAAUAAACUCGUAAUCAAUGGUAAAGUUGUUGAACCUGAAACUCAACAAAAAUACACACUACAAAAAACUGGUGAAGAAAACAUUUCAGCCUUUCAAAAUACGACCCCUGUAGAAUGUGCUACAAAGAACCACUCCUUUCGACACUAAUUUUCAAUUAUUCGUACAGAAUGUCCAAAGCAUAAAAAAUAAGAUCCAUAUAAUAGAAUCUCUCCUUCAAGACCACCCAUAUCAAGUAUUGUGCCUCACAGAAACAUGGAUUUCAGAACAACAGAAGGAAGCAGUGCAAGUAGAGGGUUAUAUGGCAGCAGCAAGUUACAAUCGUCCUAAUCACAAAGGUGGAGGAGUAUUAAUAUUAUUACGACAAGAUAUCCCGUACAAGGAGAGACCCGACUAUGCAGACUUGUCAGUAGAAUUAGUAAUUGAAUGUUGUGCAAUAGAAUUGAAAUCUGAUUUCAUAAUAACUAUAUAUAGAGCAGACCGUGACAUUGAGACCUUCUUUGAUGUAUUAAAUCGGUUAUUGUCUAAGCUAAAAUCGAAAUGUCAUAAAAACAUUAUCAUUACAGGAGAUUUUAACAUAAAUAAAUUUAAUAAUUCCAAUAAUUAUCAUAGGCUAGUAAACAUGAUGCUUGAAUGUAACCUCCAUCAAAUUGUAAAUGAGCCGACUCGAGAGACUAGCAUCAGUUCUACUUGCAUAGACUUUAUAUUUACAAAUAGAAACAAUUACAAACUCACAAUCGAGGAUAAAGGCAUAUCGGACCACAAAUGCUUGCAAUACGAAUUCAAAGAAAUGACAUUUCUUGACAACAGAGACUCCUAUAAAUAUAUCCUAAAACGUAACUUCAAUUCCCUAAACAUAACGUCAUUUAAAUGUGCACUUGGCCAAAUUGAUUGGGAUAAGCAAAUCAAUAACUUCCAAACAAUAAAUAACAAUUACAAUGAGUUUGAAAAUACACUACAACUAUUGUUAAACAAAUAUAUGCCUUACAAACGUACCAGACAAAAACUAAAAAACAACAGCUGGCUUACAACUGGGAUAAAAAAGUCAUGCAAGCACAAAAGGUUAUUAAAAAUAUUAGUAAAUCAAUCAAACAGUAUCAUUUUAACAAAACAUCACAAAAUAAUAACAAAAACCCUUAAAAAUUGUGUCAAACAAGCCAAACGAAUGAGGUAUAUAAGAGCCCUAGAUAAAUCUAAAAAUAAGACAAAAACUAUGUGGAAUUGUAUAAAAGAAAUAACAGGGAAACAUGCCCCAAAAAAGCAGCAGAAUAAUAUUAAAUUAAGAGUAUCAAAUACUGAAAUAAAUUGCCCUCAACAAGUAGCCAAUCAUUUUAACGAAUAUUUUGCGUCAAUAAGUGAACAACAAACCACCUACGUUGCAAGUACAACCUCUUCAGUUAACUCAAUAUACAUAUAUCCUGUUACAGAGCAAGAAGUGCGUAACAUUAUCCUUAACCUACCAAAUAAAUUCAGCUGUGGCCAUGAUGAAAUACCUUCUGUAUUAAUCAAAGCAUGUGUAAACGAACUUACCGCACCCAUAACUAGCCUAAUUAACCAAUCCCUAGAUGAAAGUUGCUUUCCGGAAAGACUUAAAAUAGCUAAAAUCAGACCUGUGUAUAAAAAAUCUGGGGAAAAAAAUAAUACCAACCAAUACAGACCUAUCGCUGUACUUCCCACUGUAUCAAAAAUAUUUGAAAAAUGUAUAGCAAACCGCAUAUAUAAUUAUCUGGAGAAAUUUCAACUCAUAAAUAAAAACCAGUUUGGCUUUCGAAAAAACAGCUCAACCACACUUGCAGUUUAUAACUACAUACAAACAGUAUUAGAGCAUUUACGUGAUAAAACCUAUGGGGUUGGAUUGUUACUAGACAUGUCAAAGGCAUAUGACAGAGUAUCACAUCCCACCUUACUUCAGAAACUAAAUGACAUAGGUAUUCGUGGUCCAGCUCUGAAUUGGUUAAUAUCAUAUUUAAAUAACAGGAAACAGUAUGUCCAAAUAGAAUAUUACAGUGAACAAUUACGUCAGUUAAAAACAUACAAAUCCGAUAUAAUAUCCAUAAACAACUCAAUUCCACAAGGCAGCGUGCUGGGUUGUGUCCUUUUUAUAAUAUAUAUUAAUGACCUCCCAAAAAUUACAGAACAGGAACACAAGUGCAUAAUGUUUGCCGAUGAUGUUUCACUUCUCUUCAAAAGUCCCACGAGUAACGACGCCUAUAAAAAUAUAACCGAAACAUACGUCACAAUAGUAAACUGGCUAAAAGAUCACAACCUUGUAAUCAAUAACAAAAAGUCUAAAAUUAUCCAGUUCAGACCACAUCAAAAACGCGCCAUAGAUAUAAGUUACAUUGCAAAACAAUUAAACAUUGAAGAGGUAUCGGAUUGUUCGCUUUUGGGUAUAACUAUAGACACACAUCUUGAUUGGAAAAGGCAUAUAGCAGGACUUAAAAACAAGCUAGCUUCAUUUGUAUAUGCCUUAAGUGUACUUAAAUCUAACACAAAUGAAUCAUGUGCGCUUACAGCGUAUUAUGGAUAUGCACAUUCCUUGUUACGAUACGGAGUUUUAUUGUGGGGACACAGUACCGACGCACAUGAUGCCUUUGUCAUGCAGAAAAAAUGUAUUCGCAUAAUCGUCAAUAUUAAACAAACAACAAGUUGCAAACCACACUUUAUAAGACUAGGAGUUUUAACUUUACCUUCAAUUUGCAUUUUAGAGUCAGCCACAUUUGUUCGUAAAAAUAUCCAUUUAUUUAAUUUCAAUACAAACCCCCGCCGUAAUUUAGAUCUUAUUCUGCCGGAACCAAAAAUUGACAUUUUCAAAAAAGGACCAUACUACACGUCGAUACAAAUCUACAACCAUGUCCCCAGUUUUAUCAAAUCAGAAGAAAACAACAAUAUAUUUGAAAGAAAAUUAAAGCAGCAUUUAUUAAAAAAAGCAUAUUAUACUAUAACCGAAUUUAUGGAAGAAAAAAAGUUAUAGCCAUAGAUUGACACACAAUAAACGUUUUAAUCAUCAUAAAUUGCUACACAUAUCAAUAAUACUACAUAAUAAUUGCUACAUAUAUAAUGAAUGUUGUUAUUAGCAAUGAGCUUGUGAUACAUGUAUAGGUUAUGUUAGUUAUAAGUUUGUAAAAUCCACUAUAUUAUGUUAAAUAACUUUGUAAGUUACUUAAAUUGUUUUGUAUUUGCUACACCCUAUUCAGGGUCCAUGUGAUACCGUAAGAAAUGUGUAACUACUACCUAAAAAUGUACCAUGGAAGCAAGAAAUAAAUGAAUACUGAAUACUGAAUACUAAAUAUAUCAUUCGGCUACUCGAAUAUGACAAUCGAUUAAUCGAAUAAUGGUAAUCGUCGUAAUCGAAAUAACUUCAAUAAUAAUAAUGCAGAAGAGUACUACUAUCUACUCAUUGUGAAACUUGUGUACCAUCAAAUCUGACAAAAGCUAAUAUUGACAUCGACAUUAAAAUAAAUCUUUUACGACACUAAAUUUAGCUAUUAUGCUAGUCAAAGUCACAGCCGCCCAAGAUGGCGCUGCAAGGUUCCAUAAGUUACGUGAUUUUGGUAUCUGUAUCGCCAAACUUUAAAAGUUGAUACCAUGUUAUAUGUCAACAAUAUUGCGUGCCUUAAGGCGGGAUCCCACCAGUGUGCGGCUCAAGCAUAUUCAGUCCAAAGCGCUUGUGCCGCACAGGGCUGCACACUGGUGGGAUCCCGCCUUUAGGGCGCGGACUACAUGCACGCGGCGCGCGGGGUCGCAUUCUGCGUCUUUCUUUAUACCUACGUAUACUUUCAUACUUUGUUUAUGGCACUCGUGUUGACUCGUUUCUACAAGUUCACAGCAUUAAAAUUACUUAGACCAAUAAUGGCAAUUUAUUAUUUAUUAGCCUCUAGUUGCUAUUUAUACAAUACAAAAUCAGAUUGUCUGUUUAACGUUAACUUAUAAGAUAAACUACUCUAUUGUCGGCACCCCUCCAAUGGUUGGCACUUAUUUUAAGCCGACAUCGGCUUUCCUUAAAAACUAUGUGUACGUUUAAUGCCAGCUGUACACACUCAUCGAGUGACUCCGAGUCAGGCCGAGAACGGGUAUGUAAGUACAUACUGCUCCCUUCUCGUCUCGCCUCGCUCUUCUCAUAUUGGGCCCGUUUUUUCAAAACAGCCGGCAUAAGUGCCAAUCUUUGGAUGGUUUACUGUUUAAAUGGAAAGGCAAUAAUGUGUUGGAUGUAUAAACCUAGCGGACUGUGAUUUUAAUGAGACUAAGUGAAGGAAUUGUAUAUAAAUAGGUAUAAUGUCAAUUGAUAUUACGCGUGUUGCUAUUAUAUUAAAAAUACAAUUUAAAAAUUGUCGAUGACAAUACGAGUUUUAUAAAUUGUGUAUUCGCCAACCAAAAUGCCAAACCAAAUGUUUUAAUUUUUCAUUUGAUUCCAGAUUUCGGCUUGUCGUUUUUGUUGGUAUGAUAUGAUAAAGAACCAAGAGGGUCUGUUCACUUUUCUUAGCGUUACGCUUCUCGAAAGCACUGAUGACUUAUUUUUUAAUAAUGAUUACUGCUACAAAAUUGUAUCCUACAAAUCGUAGGGAAAUGAAUGAUGAGGAUAAAUCGUAAAAAUGAAUGAAUCAGAUAUAUAUAGUCAUCAUGGAGUCAAGUUACAGAUUAAUGUAGUUUGAAAAUUUAUGAAAUAAACUUCUAAAAUUAAUGUUAUAAUGAAAUGCAGAAUUAUUGAGGUACAAAAAAGACCGGAACCUAAGAAGAUUGUAUCUUCCAUGUAGGUGAAAGAGGAAGAGGACGGCCGCUUCUCAAUACAAAGGUAGUCCCCAUUUUCCUCUUACAUUGACAAUAUUGAAAAUAGUUUUACAUAAUUUGAUGUAUAUUAACCAUAGCUAUGCCCCUACGUUUGGCUUUUUUGACUUUUUGAUUCGGUAUUGUAAAAAUUAGGACCAAAAAACAAAUUUCAUAAAAAAAUGAUAUGCUCCUAACUCGUAUAAUAAUUUAAAAAUUCGAAAGAAAACAAACUGUGGUUGAUAUACAACAAAUGUGUCAAAAUAUGUCCAAUAAUGUUUAUAUUCAGAGAGGAAAAUAAGGACUGUUUGUAUGAAAGCCUUUUCAAAAGAUUUCGCGCGGCUGCUCCACUUUCGUCAAGGUGCAUGCGAAACCCUUACUUUAAAACAUAAUGUAGUUAUGUACCUAUAGUAGUUAGUCAAUUGUUCCUAGCAUUAUUAGCAUCAUUCCUUAGCGUCAAUUUUGCACCAAGUGCAUGAAUAAUGUCAUUGCCUCUGUUCUGUAAUUUUUCUAAAUUAUUUGUAUUUGUAUAAAUUUUUAAACGUACAUAGCUACGUUGAUUACUUGACAAGUAACUUAUUUGCUUUAAAAUUCUAACUAUAUGUAACCUGAAUGGUUAGUUAAGAGCUUCUUCAUACAAAAAUUUCUCAUUGUUCCUUACAUGACAUUUAAGGACCCAGUGGUAAUCACCAAAUAAAACGAAUUUACACUAGUAUAUUUUUUUAAACAAAUCAAAUUAUUGAACAGUGCUAUUGAUUUAAAAUAAAA